AUGUCUCUCAUAGAAACUAAUAUAUUAUUUAUUCUAUUAUUACUACCGUUAUGUGUUCAUCCCGUGUCAGACGCCCGACAUAUACAAGUUGAUUCUCCACCAGCUCUUCCUCGAAUUAGACCUCAACCACUUUCUGCUUCAGCAACAGCCGGCUCUACAAUCUGUGCUGAAACUGAUUUCCGUUGCGGAGAUGGAAAGUGUAUUCGCCAAGAAUGGAGAUGUGAUGGUUCAGGAGAUUGUCCAAACGGUGAGGACGAAAAAGAUUGUCCACAUCCUGGAUGUAAACCUGACCAAUGGCAAUGUGAUAAGUACACUUGGCAUGGUGUAUCUUGCAUAGCUGAGUAUCAACGUUGUGAUAACAUCACAGAUUGCGCUGAUGGAUCCGACGAAACAGAUUGCCCUGCGAGCACCGUUGAUUGCAAUAGAAACGAUGGAUCGGUUUUCAUGUGCGCAGAUGGCAGGCAAUGUUUCGACAUGAGCAAGAAAUGCGACGGAAAGUAUGAUUGCCGAGAUCUCAGUGAUGAAAAAGACUCAUGCUCUCGUAACCAUACCGCUUGCUUUGACUACCAGUUCCGUUGUGCCGAUAAAACUCAAUGUAUCCAAAAAUCUUGGGUCUGCGAUGGUUCCAAAGAUUGUGCUGAUGGGUCAGAUGAACCUGACACAUGUGAGUUCAAGCAAUGUGGACCAAGUGAAUUCCAAUGUAAAAACAAACGUUGCCAACCAAGAAAGUUCCGUUGUGAUUUUUAUGAUGAUUGCGGUGAUAAUUCGGAUGAGGAGGAUUGUGGAGAAUAUCGCUGUCCACCUAACAAAUGGCACUGUCCAGGAACUGGUCAUUGUAUUAAUGAAGUUAAUCUCUGUGAUGGAGUUCACGAUUGUGCUGAUGGAGCUGAUGAAAUGAAUUGCACAUCCAAUUUGUGUCCAUCUCUUGGUUGUCAAGCCGGAUGUCAUCCAUCUCCACAUGGAGGAAAAUGUACUUGCCCAGAAGGAUAUAAGCUUGAUGAUCGUUUCCAGCGUACUUGCACAGAUGUAAACGAGUGCUCAGAAUUCGGAUAUUGUGAUCAGAACUGUGCGAACCAUCGACCUGGAUUCACAUGCUCAUGUAUAAGUGACUGUUUCAGUUUACAGAUGACACAUGGUCCAGGGAAAGAUAAUCUGACAAUGAGAGGCUAUUGUAUCUCUAAUGAGGCAGAAAAAAUGAAGCUUUUCGUUGCUCGAAGAGAAGGUUUGUAUCGUUUGGAUCCCAAUGGACCAAAUGCUACGCCUAAGAAAAUUGCUUCUGGAGAAUUCAUUUAUGGUAUCGAUUAUGAUUACGGAGAUAAGAAGAUUUUCUGGACUGAUCGUCUUGCACACUCAGCUUUCAGUGCUGAUGUUGAUGAAGAUGGAGAAAUUUCACAUAUUAAAAAACUUGGGUUGAAAUCGUUAAUAUACCCUCGCUCAUUAGCAGUUGAUUGGAUUACCAACACACUUUACAUAAUCGAAUCUGGUUCACGUCGCAUCGAUGUAUCCUCUUAUGAUGGGGACAAACGAACUGUUUUAAUAGCUGAUGGUCUAACUCUUCCUUUAGAUAUAGCUUUAGAUCCACUCCGAGGAGAAAUGUUCUUUACUAAUCAGUACGCGUUAGAAGGAGCCGCUAUGGAUGGUUCAAAAAGAAGAGUGCUUCUAAAUACUCAUACUCACCAAGUUUCCGGUAUUGUUGUCGAUAUACCUGCCAAGAGAGUAUAUUGGGUUGAUCCUAAGGUUGAUAGACUCGAAAGUAUUGAUUAUCAAGGUAAUGACCGCAGAAUUGUUGCCCAGGGAAUGAAUACAGUUCCACAUCCAUUCGGCUUAGCCUUGUUCGACCAAUACCUAUAUUGGACUGAUUGGACUCGCCUUGGUGUUCUGAAGAUUGAGAAAUUCGGAUCACCAACAGAACUUAUUUGGAGCAACAAAGAAAACAACGUUUUUCCUAUGGGAAUAAGUACAUACCACCGAAUGACACAACCUGGUCCAGCUCAAAGCGACUGUAUGGGACAAAAAAUUGAAAACCCAUGUGCAACCUCGGAUUGCGAAGGAAUGUGUAUUCUUUCUAAAGAUGCUGGUGGAUUUGGAGUUGGCUAUAAGUGCGCUUGUCCAAUAGGACAAAAACUCAUUGAAGGCCACAAAUGCAUUGACUCGAUAGAUUACCUCUUAUUCUCCAGUAAUAAGAUUGUUCGUGGUAUCUUCCCUGAGCAGGUUAGUGGAUCCCUUUCUGAAGCUGUACUCCCUGUAUCUCCUGUAUCUCAACGUCGAAUUGGAAUGUACUUCGAAGUUGAGUGUGACGUUCAUGGCAGCAGUUUCUUCUAUGCUGAUAUCAUGGACAAUACUGUUUAUAGAGUUCGUCCAGAUGGAGAAGGUUCCGCACCCGUUCUUGUCACUCAUAAUGAUGGUCUUGUAUCUAUGUCCUUCGAUUGGAUCAGCAAGCAACUUUACUAUGUGGAUAACAUCCGAAACAGCUUAGAAGUUAUCAAAAUUGCUGACACUGGUUUAGUUCAUCCAGAUCAACUUGUUCAUCGUAAAUUGAUAAAGGAUUUACGUGAUCCCGUAUCAGUAGUUGUUCACCCAUGGAAAGGAUAUAUAUUCUAUGCCGAGGCACAACGACCAGCUACUAUUAAUAGAUGUUAUACUGAUGGUACAAACUGUCAAGUUAUUCGAAAUACUACACUCGGACGUCCAUCAGAAAUGGUGAUCGACUUCGAAACUGAUAGACUAUGCUGGGGAGACACUCUUCUGAAAACUAUCAGCUGUAUGUCAUUUGAUGGCCAGAACGUUGAACAAUUACCGGUUGACAACCCCAUACCGGUUGCAAUGGCUGUCAUGGGAGAGCAUAUAUAUUAUGUGCACCAAAGACCUUAUUCAAUCCGUCGAGUUCAUAAAACGAGUGGUGGUACUGGUCGAGUCAUCAGAUCUUUCUCAGGAGAAGAACGAUCUAUCUUCAGUUUGAAAGCUUGUUCAAGACCAAAUCAACCUAUUCCUGAUGACUCGAAAGAUCAUCCAUGCUUGUUCUCUGACUGCCCACAACUUUGUUUUGCUGUUCCAAACGCUGCCGGAGAUGGCCCUAGCUUAGCUAAACAGUGUGCAUGUAGAGAAGGCUAUAAGAUCAACCCCGAAAAUGGUCAUAGUUGCAUAAAGGAUAGCAGUGAAAAUGUUGAGACAUUAUGCGCUAACAAAACGCAUUUGCAGUGUAAAAAUGGACGAUGCAUACCUAAAGAGUGGCGAUGUGAUGGAGAAGACGAUUGUUUAGAUGGGUCCGAUGAGGUUGAUGAGAAGGGUGACAAAUGUUUCAAAGAAACUGUAUGUCCGGAAAAUACUAUUCGUUGCAACAACACGAAGAAAUGCAUUCCUGCUCAAUAUGGAUGUGAUGGCGAUAAUGACUGUGGUGAUUACUCUGAUGAAGAUGCGAAGUACUGUACGGACGGUCAUGCUCCUGUAUGCUCAGCUAAAAAGUUCCAAUGUGACAACCACAGGUGCAUCCCUGAGCAGUGGAAAUGUGACUCUGAUAACGAUUGUGGCGACGGUUCUGACGAAAAGAUAGAGCUUUGUGGAAACACAACUUGUGCCGCCAAUCAAUUUUCUUGCGCCAACGGAAGAUGCAUACCAAUUUAUUGGCUUUGUGAUGGAGACAAUGAUUGUUAUGAUGGCUCAGAUGAAGACAAAGAAAGAUGCCCAGCGGUGCAGUGUAGAUCAGAUCAAUUCCGUUGCGCUAAUGGACAUCAGUGCGUCUCUCUUCGUAAUCAAUGCGAUGGCCAGCAAGACUGUGACGACGGUUCUGACGAAGAUAGUUGCGUCUUCCAACAAGGAGUUUGUUCUCCUGACCAAUUUACUUGUAAAUCAACUGGAUUCUGCAUACCUUCUACUUGGAAAUGUGAUGGCCAACAGGACUGUGAUGAUGGAUCAGAUGAGCCACAAUUUGGUUGCUCUAUCCAUAAAUGCAAAGACGAUCAAUUCAGAUGUGGAAAUGGUCGUUGUAUUCUGCAUUCUUGGCUAUGUGAUGGAGAAAACGAUUGUGGUGAUGGUUCCGAUGAAAGCGAAGCUAACGGCUGCAAGAACACACCAACCCACAAGUGUCCAUUUGAACAUGUGGCUUGUGAAAAAGAACCGGAUGUUUGCAUACCUAUUCACCAGCUUUGUGAUGGUAAAGAGCAUUGUCCAGGUGGAACUGAUGAAGGCGGAAGAUGUGCAAGAGAUUUGUGUUCGGCUGAUCGUGCUGGUUGUGUUUACAAAUGCCAUAAUAGUCCUAACGGUCCUUUAUGUAGUUGUCCUUUUGGAGAACAACUUGUGAACAAAACCAAAUGUGAACCUGAGAAUGAAUGCUUAGACCCCACUAGUUGCACUCAGCGUUGUACGGAUGAGAAACACGGUUACUCCUGCAGUUGUGAUGACGGAUAUACCCUUUCGACCGAUAAAAAAACUUGUAAGGUAACGGAUAGCUUGGCUGAUAUGCGCAUUUAUGUUUCCAACAGAAACAGAAUUUACUGGAGUGAUCACAAGUUAGAGAACUGGCGUACAUUUGCAGCCUCAGUUGAGAACGCCAUUGCUAUUACAUGGGACAGUGUAACUGAUAGAAUAUAUUGGUCAGAUAUUCGAGAGAAAAAAAUAUUCUCCGCCAAUCGAAAUGGAACUAAUGUUACUGCAUUCCUCUCUGAUGGUCUUGAUAUAACAGAAGGUAUAGCUCUUGAUUGGGUUGGACGCAAUCUAUACUGGGUUGACUCUUCUCUGAAUACAAUUGAGGUUGCUUCACUCGAUGAUGCCAAUAACCGUGCUCUUCUUGUACAUGAAAAUGUGAGCCAGCCUCGUGGUAUUGCUGUCGAUCCAAGAAAGGGUUUAAUGUUCUGGACAGAUUGGGGACAGAAUCCUCGAGUUGAAAGAGCCAAUAUGGAUGGUUCGGACCGUCGAGUUAUUGUAAAUACCAAGAUUUAUUGGCCAAAUACUAUUGCCUUGGAUUACACAACAGAUCGUGUGUAUUUCGCUGAUUCCAAGCUCGAUUUCAUCGAUUUUGUAAAUUAUGAUGGAACUGGUCGUACAAUGGUGAUAAGCUCAUCUAAGUAUGUACAGCAUCCUCAUGCUCUUGUCAUCUUCGAAGAUAUGAUGUAUUAUUCUGAUCGUCGUUUACAACGAGUUCAGUUAUAUCCUAAAUAUCCAAACGGAACGACAACGGAAUAUCCUAGCCACACGUUCAGUAAGGCAUUGGGUGUCGCCGCUAUCCAUCCCGUUCUUCAACCUCAUGUAGAAUCACCAUGUCAAAUGAAACCUUGUUCUCACAUUUGCCUUAUUGGAGCUGAAAACAAGUUCUCUUGCAAAUGUCCAAUGGGCAUGCAACUUGACAGCAGUCGUACAAAAUGUAUCAAGGAUCAAAAACCUUUCCUUCUACUCAUACAGAAAACAAAUAUUUUCGGAGUCGAAAUGACCAAAAAGGGUAACAAUACUCCUUCUCUAUCUGGAAUGGUACCAUUGGCUGGAUUCACAAAUGCUUUUGAUGCUGGUUACGAUGCUGAUACUGGAGAUAUGUAUGUGCUGGAGCAUGCCAACAUCGCCCGUUCCUUAACGCAAAUAUCUACUGACGCUGCUAUAUACAAAACUUCUAUAAAUGCUGGAAACAAAACACAAAUUCUAUCUUCUCAAGAGAUUGAUGAUGCGUAUUCUAUGACUUUCGGCUGGAAUGGAAGAAAUCUGUAUGUUGGUAAUAAAGUAUCACAGACCAUCGAAGUGAUCCGAACUGUUGGAGACAAGCAAUAUCGAGCAACUAUCCUUACGAAUGAUCAGAGCCCUACCGCCGUUGUUCAACCAGUAGCUAUUGCUGUUGAUUCAGAUAAAGGACUACUGUUUUGGCUUGAUCGAGGAGGUGGAUCUGCUGAUGUUAAAGUUGCUCGUGCUAACCUGGAUGGAACUAACCCUCUUGUUAUUGCAAGCAAUGACUUGACAGAGCUAGAUCAUAUUGCUUUGGACCCAACCGGUUCAAGAGUUUAUUUCUCUGAGGCUAAAGCUGGAAGAAUAUCUUCUGUAUCAUACGAUGGACAAGACAGACAUUAUGUUUUAAAUGACCCAGGCCGUCAACCUAACGGGCUUGCUUUCUUCAGUGAUAGACUGUUUUAUGCCGAUUCUGCUUUCGAUUCAAUAGAAGUUGCUACCAUAACCGGUGAUGGGCGACCUCCCACAUUUGAACAUUUCAAGAAAGAUGUCGAAAAUCUUGUCAACAUUAAGGUCUUGCAACCCCGACCAUCUUCAUUGACUCAUCCUUGCCGAACUGACAACGGUAACUGCGAACACAUUUGUAUCGCUCAACAGUUCAGCCAACAUACUUGUCUGUGCGCUACUGGUUAUGUCAAGGAUGGUGUUCGAGGUUGUAGACCUUAUGAUGAUGAUUUCGUUCUUAUUACCACCAAGAGCAAAAUCACAGCUCACUCCCUCAAUGAAAACGGACCAAAAGCAUUAGCUAUGGAACCAAUAGGAGGAAUUUCGAUCACAGCUGUUGACUAUGAGUAUGAAAGUCGAACAAUCUAUGUUGCCGAAUCUGCUGGAAUAACCAAGGGAAUCACAGCAUAUACUAUUGGCCAGGCUAUUCCCAAACCAAUCAUUCGAGAUACUUUUGGUUCGAUGACAAUCCGUGACAUCACUGUUGAUUGGGUCAAUUUCAAUAUUUAUUUCAUCAAUCAGGAUAGUGAUCGAACUAAUAUUGAAGUUUGUAAGCUGGAUGGAGAGCAUAGAAAAAUUUUGUUCACAACCAAAGUGGAAACACCGUCUUCCAUCGUUGUAGACCCCGUGGGACGAUACUUAUAUUGGGCAGAUCAAGGGCAGAAGCCAACUAUCCAGAGAUCCUAUCUCGAUGGCAGCCAUCGCGAAGUAGUCGUUUCUGAGGGAUUGGGUGAACCAUCAUCUCUUUCCGUCGACGUAAACAGCCGUAUGAUAUAUUGGACUGAUGCAAAGCUAGAUGGAAUAUACAGAGUGAAAUCAAGUGGAGGUGUUCCUGAGCUUGUUCGUUCUGACAUUGCUUCUGCUGCCGGAAUCUCUUUAGUAGGACAACAAAUGUUCUGGACUGACAACCGCCUGGAGAAAGUUUUCCGUGCUAGCUCUAAACCAAAUCAAACAUCGUUGCUGAUGUCACCAACGACCAUUGCUACUUCCUUGAAAGAUCUGGGCGAUGUAAUCGUUUUCUCGUCUCAAAAUCAACCCAGAAAUACCUCUCCUUGUCAAAUUACGGAUAACCUAAGAAAAAGCCCAUGUCAGCAAUUAUGCUUUACCACACCAGGAACUCAAAGCCCCACCUGUGCUUGUGCUAGAGGUGUUCUGAAAAAUAAACAAUGUGAAGAACCAGACACUUAUUUGAUGUUCAGCGAUGGUGACCGAAUCGUAGAUGCUUCGAUUGAACCCGAUAUAAAAGCUAGUAGACCUCUCAAAGAAGCAUUCCCAGCUAUUGAGAACUUAGCUGCUUUCGACGUAGACGUUGCUUUACGCAGAAUUUUCUACGUUUCGGAAUCACCCUCUGGCGUUAACAUUAGUUGGUUCAGCAUGAACAACGCUGAAAAUCCUCGAUUGAUAUUUGGCCCUUCGAAACAAAAGCAUGCUUCUGAAAUCCGCCAUAUCUCUGACAUGAAACUUGAUUGGGUAACUCAGAAGAUUUUCUUCACUACUGGACGUGGUGGUAAAGUUAUGACUAUUGAUCUUGAAGGAGAUCAUUUAUCUACUAUUGCCACUGGUGAUUGGACUUAUGCUUUAGCUGUAGAUGCUUGUGCAGGAUUGGUGUUCUGGAGUGACAGUGGAUAUAAACCUACUGGAGGACUUUAUGAACCGAGAAUCGAGAGAUCAAAUACAGCUGGUGGAAACAGAGAAGUUAUUGUACGAGAAGGUGUAAGCUUACCCGCUGCGAUUACUGUUGACUUCAGAACCUCGCGCUUAUAUUGGGCAGACGUGAACCGGUUACAGAUUGAGAGCUGUGAUUAUGAUGGUAACAACCGACAAGUAAUUGGAGUAGGCUACAGAGCUAAAUCACUGGAUAUUUGGAACUCUUGGAUAUAUUUGAGUGAUCCCUUGUCAAAUGGAGUCUUCCGAGUCAAUAAGGAAAUCGGUGGAGCUAUAGAGCAAGUCGUUGGAGGAAGAAGAAUACCAGGAACUGUUAGAGUGUUCGCGAGCGAAUCAGAUGUUCAUACCAGAAAUCAAGCUUGUUCAACUAUUACCAGCAGUUUAUGCAAAAAUGACAAUGGUGGUUGUGAGCAGAUUUGCAACGUUAUCUCGUCUGAAAUUGGAUUGUCGGCUAGCAAAGUUGAAUGCAGCUGUAAUGAUACUUAUGUGCUCGUUCAACAACCUGGACAAGACUUUUCUUCUCAAUGUGUGCUUCGAGCUGAUACAGUUUCAACUUGCUUACCUCCUUAUAAUUUCCAAUGUGGAGACGGAAAAUGUAUAGCGCUAGGUGCUACUUGUAAUGGACGUCCAGAUUGCGAUGAUGGCUCCGAUGAACAUCCUACUUAUUGCAAUACCAGAUCAUGUCCUGAAAAUUACUUCUUGUGCAGUAACCGACGAUGCAUCGAUGAAGUGAAAAAAUGUAACCACAUUGAUGAUUGUGGUGACGCUUCUGACGAGUUGGAUUGUUCUACUGCUGUUACUUGCGCUGAUGGACUAUUUGCUUGUGGAAACGGACAUUGUAUUAACCAGACCAAGGUGUGUGAUGGACACAACGAUUGUCAUGAUGCCAAUGUUUCGGAUGAAUCGAAAGAAACUUGUCCCGGUUUACCAAUUGAUUGUCGCGGAGUUAAAAUAAGAUGCUUGAAUACGAAUAUUUGUAUUCAACCUGCUGAUCUUUGCGAUGGUUAUGAUGACUGUGGAGAUAAGGCUGAUGAGAACAAGUUGUUCUGCAUGAACCAGCCUUGUGCUGCAAAUUAUGUGCGUUGUCCUUCAGGACGUUGUAUCCCUGAAGCUUGGCAAUGUGAUGGUGACAAUGAUUGCGCUGAUGGUUGGGAUGAGACUCAUUCGAACUGCACCAAUGCCGAAGGCAAGAAAGUUUGUCUAGGAGAUUACAUAUUCCAAUGCGACAAUGAUAAAUGUAUUUCCAAAGCAUUUAUUUGUGACGGAGAAGAUGAUUGCGGUGAUGGUUCUGAUGAAAGCACUCGACAUAGCUGCGGUAAUAGAACUUGCACUGAUCAAGAGUUCCAUUGUGUGUCCAAUGCUCGGUUGGCUCAACCGAAAUACGAAUGUAUUCCGAAAACAUGGUUGUGUGAUGGUGAUGUGACUUGCGCUGGAGGCGAAGACGAGUCUUCUGAACUUUGUAAGACAGAGAAAAAAGAAUGCAACAAAGGAGAAUUCAGAUGUCAGAAUCAGCAUUGUAUUCAUUCCUCAUGGGAAUGCGAUGGCGAUAAUGAUUGCUUGGAUGGAUCUGAUGAACAUGGCAAUUGCACUUACUCCACUUGUCAACCAGAGUUUUGGCAGUGUGCUAACCACAAAUGCAUCCCCAAUUCUUGGAGAUGUGAUGGUAAUGAUGAUUGCGAUGACGGUUCAGAUGAGAAGGAAUGUACUCAAACACAAUCUGAAAUGGGAACUGGUCAUCCUUUAUGUCCUAAAGGGCAAUACCAGUGCUUGAGCGGAGAAUGUAUCGAUGAUAAGAAAGUUUGUGAUCGUAAUUAUGAUUGCCCAGAUCGCAGUGAUGAAAGCAGUCAAUGCUUCAUCGAUGAAUGUGCUCUAGCUGAUAAACCUUUGUGCGAACAGAAGUGCAUUGACUUACCAAUCGGCUAUAAAUGUGAUUGCUUCGAAGGUUUUGCUCUUGACCGUGAUGAUCAAAAGAGUUGCCACAAUGUAAAUGAAUGUUAUGAAGGAAUAUCUGGAUGCUCACAAACUUGUGAGGAUAAAAUAGGCACUUACAAAUGUGGAUGUGUGUCUGGUUACCAGCUCGGCAAAGACGAUCACAGUUGUAAGCGUACUGAGCAGGAACCUGAACCAUAUAUGCUCCUCGCUAAUAAGCAUUAUAUUCGUAAAAUCUCUAUGGAUGGUAACAGAUAUGAAUUGGCUGGAAAAGGAUUCGAUAAUGUUGUGAACAUUGAUGUAGACAUCAAGCGGAAAAUGGCUUAUAUGAUUGAUCAAGCUAAGCUUCGCAUGUAUCGUGUAUCUAUGGAUGAUAUGGAUGAUUCUGUCUCUAGCUAUCAAAUUAUUUUACGUCAUAAUGUGUUUGGAACUGAAGGUUUCGCUGUCGAUUGGGUCGCAGAAAAACUAUAUUUGUUGAAUAAGCAGGAACGAUCUAUUCGUGUUUGUCAUACCGACGGAACACACUGCAAAACGAUUAUUCGCGACAGAAUCGCACAACCUAAAGCCAUAGUAGUACAUCCUGGAAAAGGAUAUCUUUUCUUCACAGAGUGGAGUUUACAACCUUACAUUGGUCGUAUCGCAUUGGAUGGUUCUCCUGAGUUAGCCGACCCAAUCGUUAAGUUAGCCGAAAAUGAUCUUGGCUGGCCUAAUGCUUUGACAAUCGAUUACUACUCAGAUAGGCUAUUCUGGGGUGAUGCUCAUUUGAAUGAGAUUGGAUUCAUGGACUUUGAUGGAGCUGGAAGACGCCAUAUUCCAGCUCUAAGAACUAGUCAUGUGUCAAGUAUGGCCAUCUUUGACGAUUAUCUCUAUUGGUCUGAUUGGAAUUUGCGUGAAGUAGUACGUUGUGACAAAUGGACAGGAAAGAAUGAAACGGUUUUGAAAAAGACUAUCCAGUUACCAAAUGAGCUUAGAAUAAUCCACCCACUAAGACAACCAGAUUAUAAGAACCCAUGCGAAGAUUCUCCAUGUUCUCAUCUUUGUCUCAUCAAGGAAGGAGGAGGUUCAUAUACAUGUGCUUGCCCAGAUCAGUUUGUUCUCCUGUCUGACAACAAAACAUGCGAACCACAUUGUACAGAUAGACAGUUUGCUUGCGGUGGUGAAGAUGCUAAGUGUAUACCAAAGUUGUGGUAUUGCGAUGGAGAAAAGGAUUGCCGUGAUGGUUCGGAUGAACCUGGCGGUGAUUUAUGCGGAAUUCGUGUUUGCCCAGUAGGAGAGUUCCAAUGCAACAAUCAUAACUGUACAAGACCAUUCCAACUUUGCGACGGAAACGAUGAUUGUGGGGACGGAUCUGAUGAAGUUGAUUGUGAUAAGCCCUGUGACCCAUGGAUGUUCAAGUGCAAAGCCACAGGAAAAUGUAUUCCUAAACGGUUCACUUGUGAUGGUGAUGAUGACUGCGGGGAUCGUUCUGAUGAGAGUGAUGAUGUGUGCCUUAAUCCAAGUCGUAACUGUACUGCUGAAGAGUUCCGCUGUAAUAACAACAAGUGUAUUGCUAAAGCCUGGCGAUGCGAUAACGAUGAUGAUUGUGGAGACGGAUCCGAUGAGACAGCUGAUUGUGCGAACAUAGAGUGCCGUCGUGGUUGGACCCGAUGCUCAUCCUCUUAUCGUUGUAUACCCAACUGGGCGUUCUGCAACGGUCAAGACGACUGUAGAGACAAUUCUGAUGAAAAUCGUGAAAGAUGCCCAGCAUGCGACGAUGUCGGAGAGUUCCGGUGUGCUACCUCAGGAAAAUGUAUUCCUCAAAGAUGGAUGUGCGAUACGGAAAAUGAUUGUGGAGAUAACUCUGAUGAAACUCAUUCUUCUUGUGGGGGCACCAGUAGACCAUGUUCGGAAUCGGAGUUCCGUUGUAACGAUGGAAAAUGCAUUCCCGGAUCGAAAGUAUGUGAUGGAACUGUUCAAUGCUCAGAUGGUCUUGAUGAAUCUCAAUGUCUUGCUCGUUCUUGCGCUGCCAAUCACAGGCAGUGCGAUGAUGGAACUUGUAUCCCAGAACACAAAUGGUGUGAUCGCAAAAAGGAUUGCCCCAAUGCGACAGACGAGACUAACUGCUCUGAAGUUACACGCCGCCCGUGCUCUCCAUUCGAGUUUGAAUGUGCUAACUCAGUUUGUAUUCCUCGCAAGUUUAUGUGUGAUGGAGACAAUGAUUGUGGAGAUAACUCUGAUGAAACUUCUACUGAAUGCCGUAGUGCUCAAUGCGAUCCACCUUUGCGAUUCCGUUGUGCUCAUUCCCGCCUCUGUUUGAACAUCUUGCAGCUUUGUAAUGGAUUCAACGAUUGCGGUCCGAAUGAUUACUCUGAUGAGCACUUAUCGAUGUGCUCUAGUUUCUCGGAGUAUGGAGACUGUACUAUUGACCAGUUCAAGUGUGCCAACGGCAAAUGCGUAAAUGGUACAUUAGCAUGUGACCAUAAUGACGAUUGUGGAGAUGCUUCUGAUGAAAUAGGAUGCGCCAAGAAGAAUGGCAAAACAUGUGAUACCGAUGGUAAUAAUGGAGGUUGUAAGCAUUUGUGCACUGAUGUCACUGAUGGAUAUUACUGUCAUUGUCGGGACGGAUUCCAACCAAAUCCUGAAGAUCCAUUCGAUUGUAUCGAUAUUGAUGAAUGCAAAGGAAAUAACACUUGUACCCAAAUGUGCCUUAACACCAAGGGCUCAUACUUAUGCCGUUGUCAUGAUGAUUAUGAAAACAAUGUCGUAGUAGGUGCAAUGACUGGUAAAGAUUGUAGAGCUAAAGGCGAGCCAGCCCAUAUUCUUGUUGCAGCCAAUGAUCAGUUAGUCCAAGUAACUCUGCAUGGUGCAGGAACCAAUAGACAUGCUGCCGCUCAAGCUCCAGCUGAGGACAAUGACAUUGUUGCAGUUGCUUUUGAUGAAAGAAGAGACCUGAUGUACUGGAUAGACGGAGAUGAGAAGGUUAUCAUGAGAUCAGCUAAUGCUAAUGGAAACCAAUCGCAUGAAGGACAGAAAUUAGAUUUAGAUUUCAAGUCUCUCGGAGUCACACCUCUGGCUAUGGCUACAGACUACUUAACAGGAAACUUGUACAUUGCCACUGUUGCUGAUGCAGAACAUCAAACAGCAAGUAGAAAGAAACGUAUGAGCGAGCCAAGACAUACAUAUAAUACUGGAUCAAUCUACAUAGCUCUAAAUGAUGGUCGCUACAUGAAGAAACUGAUUGGAGGUCAUCUUCAAAUGCCUACGGCAGUUGUCACUUUGCCUUCUAUUGGAAGAGUCUGUUAUGCUGACUCAGGUUUACAUGCGAAAAUAGAAUGUGCUGAUAUGGAUGGUACUCAUAGAGAGAUUAUUGUGAAGGAUCUGAUAUUUGCUCCUUCAAGUAUGGCUAUUGAUGAAGGACGUGGAAAUCGUAUCUAUUGGGCUGAUCCAAAAUAUCGUCGAGUUGAAGCUAUUUACCCUGACGGAAAAGGCAGAGAAACUAUUGUUCUCGAUAAGAACAUACCUUUCGCAAUCGAUGUCUUCGAGAAUCACCUGUACUGGUUAUCUCGGGAAACUAAAACUUUAUAUGUGCAAGACAAGUUUGGCCGCGGGCGCGUUUCAAUUCUCGCCUCAGACAUAGAAGAUGGUCAUGUGGUCCGAGUUAGUCAAAGGUAUGCUCGAGAUGCAACUAGAGCUCGUAGUGCUUGUGCUGAGGCUAAAUGUUCGCAUAUGUGUGCCUCAUUACCUGAUAAUGGGUUCGCUUGUUUAUGCCCCGGUGACGUUCUCCCACAACGCGAUGGUUCCUGUUCAUCACCUCGGGUGGAUGCUUUGGUUAUGCCAAAGCAAUGCAAGUGCCAAAAUGGAGGUGUCUGUAGACUGGAUGGUUCUUGUGACUGUUCUUCUGACUUUGAGGGCGAACUAUGCCAGAAAGGAUCAUCAGUUAGUCGUAAAUUAAUUGGGCAACUCUCAGAAAAUUUAUUACUGGGCAUUCUACUUAUUUUAAUGGUUUUCGCUGGAAUAGGAAUAGUUUCCUUCAUGGGAGUGACGCUCUACAAAAAACGAGCACUUCUUUCUAAGAAAUCUGAGGCUACUGAUGGUACAGUAUCAUUCCAUGGAAAUGUGAUUUCUUUCAGCAAUCCCGUUUUAGAUGGAAAACAGGAACCUAAUCCUGUAGAAUAUAGCAUGCAAGAAAUAUCAGCCAGUGGAGUUUCAACAACGUUCUCCAACCCCGUGUAUGACUUGGAAUCUAGCCCUUCAUCAUCAAUCGCUGACACUCCGUCCACUUCUGCUGAGAUUUUGAGAACAGAGCCUCGGACAGGAAACGAUGUGAUAGCUCCCAAAUCUGAGAUAGUAGCAAAACCCGAAAUCCCACCACGGCCUGUGAAAGACGAUAAGAAAACAGUUUUAGUCGACAACCCCGUUUUCGAAAAGGAACCAGAUGAGGUUACCGAUGUUUAA